ACCCAGUACUAGUGCAAAAGUUGUUACAAUUUUCCAAAAUAAAAGUGAAGAAAAGGAUGAAGAUAAAAAUUUGACAUCAGCACAUCAAGAGAUUGACUUGGAGAAAAUUUUUAUCGAAAUGGGGCCAGCAGGUAAAUUCCAGCUGCGCAACUUCAGUCUCAUCCUAGUACCCGUCAUCGUCAUGGCAAUGUACAACGGACAAUAUAUUUUCAACGCUGCCAAGCCAAACAAUCAAAGAUGUAUGGUUCGAGAAUGUGAAAAUACUCCGCCGGUAUUUAAAACAGGGGAAUGGAAGACUUGGGCAAUACCAGAUGAUCCACAGAAAGCUCGAUGCUUCCGGUAUGCCAACCAAGAAGGCCAAUGUAAGAAAGAAUCCUUCAGUAAAGAUCUUAUGAAAUGCGACAGUUGGUUAUACGAGGAUUACAACUCUAUUGUCGCUGAGUUUGAUUUAGGAUGCCAAGAGUGGAAGCGUACUUUAGUAGGUACUAUCCACGGCCUCGGUUUGAUGACUGCCCUUGCAUUUAUUGGAACUUUGUCUGACCUAUGUGGACGACGUUAUACUUUUAUCGUCACAUCUUCAUUGCCGUCGGUGUUGGGAAUAGUGCGGGGCCUCUCAAACAGCUACUACAUGUAUUUGGCCUUUGAAUACCUUGAAGCGUUGGUUGCCUCUGGCUCGUAUAGCACCGGCUAUAUCCUAGCACUUGAAAUGAUCGGGGUAGAAAAAAGAGUUCUCGCCUCAAGCUGUUUGUCCUGCUCCUUCGCAAUUGGACAAAUAUUACUUGCUUUUCUUGCUUGGAUAUUACCUUACUGGCGCAAUCUGACUUUUUUACUCUACACGCCAGGAAUUCUAUUCGUUACUUAUUACUUUUGCCUAGUAGAAAGUGUACGGUGGUUAGUGAGUCAGGGAAGAAAAAAAGAAGCAGCCGAUAUUAUUUUUAAAGGUGCUGCUGUAAAUAAAAGAACGUUACCGCCAGAUACCAUUGCUUAUUUGGAAACUAUGAGCUCAGUGGUACCGAUUAAGACAAGAAAGAAAAGUAUAAUGACCGAAACAAAGAUAAUAUUCCGGUCCCGAAUCUUGUUCAGCCGGUUGAUCGUAAUCUCCUUCUGGUUUGCUGCUGUGACCUUUAUUUACUACGGGUUGUCGAUUAAUGCAGUAUCGCUAACUGGCAAUCAGUACCUCAAUUAUGCACUAUUGUCAGUGAUCGAGAUUCCUGGUUAUAUCAUUAAUAUCUUUACCCUAGAUCACUUCGGCCGUAAGAAAACAAUUACAAGCUCGUACCUCAUCAGUGCAACUGCAUUGACAAUUAUGCCUUUCAUCAUAAACAUGGGACCUUUUCCGACAAUAAUGGUGCUGGUUGCAAAGAUGUUUAUCAGCAUUGUCUUCUCUGCAACGUACUUGUACGUCACAGAACUGACUCCAACAGAAGUACGACAUACAAUGAUGGGUUUGAGCCUAUUUAUAGGACGACUUGGUAAAAGUAGCGCACCACUCUCACCUCUGCUGGUUGUUGCAAGUAACGCCUUAUCUACCAUACGCCGUGUUCAGUGCUGCAGCUUGGAUCGCAGCGGCACUAACUCACUGGACCCCGGAGACACAUAAUAUGAAAAUGCCACAAACACUGCAAGAGGCUGAGCAUUUAGAACCAGGGUCAUCAUUUUUGGCUCUUCAAGAACAUCAACUUUCGUGUACAAAACAUGAAAAAACAGCUGAACAUAAGCAAUCUUAACCAAAGUUGAUUUAAAGCGUUAAUAAUGAUUUAAUUCAUUGAUCCAACUAACUUAAACAACGAAUUUUGAGUUUAAACUCUGGGUCAAUAGAUCGAAGUGAGGUUGAAAAUGUAGUAUGAUCGUAUAUGUUACAGUCCGUUUCUUAGGUUGCCGGACGAAAGAGAGAUCACAAUAUUUGUACUCCAGACUGUCAUUCCGCUUUUGCAACUGUCGUUAAUAAAUUUUUUCCAGCUUAAAAUAGUUAAUUAUAUAAUUUUUAAAUAGAAAGUAGAGUUUCAAGAAACCAAUCAAUCGUAGUGGCCACCAAAUUACUUUACUGACAUUGGUAUUUUAUACAAUGAAUAAAAAGCCGAAAAGUACGCAUUGAGUGUUAGGUACGGCACUGCGUCUGUUGAAAUUUAACUCCGUAAUUUUUGCAUUUUCAAUUCUUAAAGAUUGUUUUGUUGAUUGGGCGUGCGGUUAGGUAUUAAUGUGGUGGUAGUGGUUGUCUGUCAAUGUAGUGUGUAGUGUUGUAUGCAGCAAAUAUCAACCGCCUGCUGUGCGUGAAAUUAUGGUAAAGUUAAGAUAAAAAUAUAAACUAACCUAUUAACCUUAACGGUGAGACCUCAAGAGACGUUCCAAUGAAUUAUCUAAUAGUGUAGCCCUACAACCUAACCGUGUGUAGCCUAACCUAACCAUAAAUAUAUAUACGGAGAUUUAUAUGUAUAUGCAGGAUAUGAACGGGAAGUCUGUCACUAUGAGACCUAAGGUGACAAACGGAAGGUUGGAAGGAGGUAAGAAAGUACAUGUCGUGCAAUGUGUACUGGAAUGGUAUUUUCACUGCCGGUCAAGCAGACUCACAAGACCCAUCUACUGUCGGCUAAGGGUGUCUUGGCCACAGUGAGAGGAGUAGCGGGUAGUACUAAGCAGGAUGAUGAGUUUGAUGAGUUGAAAUCAGAUGGUAGUGGAUAACUAACUUAAUAUUUACAAUUCUUAUUACUAUUUAUAUAAUUUUUAUGACUAAUACAUAAUGAUAGGUUUUUCUUAGUGUGCUAUGUGUUUUGGUUGCCGACGAUGCUCUUUUCUGUUAAGUAGUUAAUUAUGUUACUAUGUUGCACUUCUUGCCUGAUGGUGAGGCCAUUUUUUGUGACAGUUUAAAUGUAUGUUACGAUCUUGCGUUUUGUUGUUAAAUACAUGAUGUUCAAAGUUGAACAAAUCCUUUGACAAAAUAGUUGAGAGUGAUUGGUGGAACAACAAUGCUGAAAUUACAGGACUGUGCUUUCAGCAAAUGUGGAAUAAGGUUGAAAAAUUUCAUGCGUAUCUAUUAUCAUGUUUAAUAUACGUAUUUUUGGCUGUUUAUGUUAUAGAGCUGGAAGUGGUUUCUUUGGUCAGACUAUUCUAAGAGAUCUUAAGAAUUAUCCCGAAUUUUUUAGACGAUCUUAAUA